AUGAUUCUCGCAAGGUCCUUACCCCCCAGCUAUGGCAAUGUGUUCGCGAAUCUCCUUGUGGGAUUAGACCUGGCCACUGCCAAGCCUCAGGAUCUUAUUCCUAAGAUCAUCGACGAGGAAAAUCGUCGUAAGAAAGAGUCCAUUGGACGAAUCUCCCAGGUCACCCGCAAAGGCCCUUGUGGCAAAUGCGGAAAGGCAGGCCAUACCACUGAACAACAUGUGGAUAAUUGGCAGCCUAAGGGAAAGAACCAGAGCAAUGCUAAAGGGAAGGCGCCUGCUAACAAGCACGGCAAGCGAAAGGGUAAAGGCAAAAAACCUGCCCAGAAUCAAGGUGGGGGAUCUAACGGUGGGACUUCAAAGUCUGCAGCCACUCCCUCAACCGGGACCGUCAUCACAGUCUAA